AUGAAGACGAAUCCACAUGGCACAGGAUUUCUCCCAACAUCCUCAAACGGGAAUCAUCCGAAGGCAUCGAUUCUACAGCCCAAAGCCUUUGUCCACAACUCCCAGGGGUCACAGCUUCCUUCUUUCGCGCCAGGCCAAAGUUGCUACGUGGGAUCCGAUGUUGUCGCCAGACUUUCAGCCAAAAUCAGCCUUCAAAUUAACCUGGACCGCCCAACCUCCGUGCCUUUCCGUUACGCCGUCUCAAGGGAAAGGGAGAGUCGGUGUUUUAGCAAGAAAAGAGGGUGCCCUAACGGCAGGAGCUACGCUAGAUACUGGCGCGGCCGCCGGUCCCGCCUUUCCCCGUUCUUCCGGUUUGGUCGCCCAGCCCUCCCCACCCCCGGCGCCCCGAGGGGAACUGCUUCGCACUUGGCAAUAAACACACACCACUGCUGCCGAGUCGGACACACAAGGCCGGAGGCUGAGGGAACUCCUCGUCGCAGCAGCCUCCCCAAAACAGGUAGACCCUCAGUGAGCCUAGAAGAAGAUGGCGCCCACUGCCCCUCCGGUCCGGACAAACGGACGUACGGUUUAUCUGCCCAUGCGCUCUCCAGGCGUAACCCACCACCACGCUUGCGCACGCGCGCUGCCGCUCACCCGUUUCCCCACGCUAGAGGAGGGGAGGCGGAGCCCCGGGGUUGGCUGAGCUUCUGCGCAUGCCCAGAUUCUGCCCAGCCCAGGGACCUCGACUUUCAACGGGAGAAAUUCAGAGACACAUUCAGGGCUCAGCCGGUAGAUGUGCUGAGAAUCUUCGGUAGACAACUGUCGAAAAAAGUUCUAGGAAGAAGCCCAGCCCCAGAAAAACAAAAACCAAAACAUUUGGAUCCAGAAAUGCCUGAGUGAAGAUGAACUUUGGUGAACUCCCCUUACAAUCCUGCUAAAAUCCCCACCCAGGAAAGAGCUUAUUCACCAUUUUCUAUACAUGCAACGUAUGUAGAAGCAUGAUCGGCAAUUGUGUCUUCGCUGCCUUUACUCCACUUGUACAUACAAUGACUAAGCUAACCAGCCCAGUAAAAGCACUAUUUUCACUGUUGCUCGGAGAAGCACUGCUUUAGGAACUAUCCCCAGUGUCCUCCUUACUUGUUGCAAGUAAUGAAAUCCCCUUGUUAAAUCCG